AUGUCGCAAUUCACAGCCUUCUCAUCGCGGCCCACCGCCGCAGCCGCCCCACCGAGCGCGCCUCCCCAAACCGUACCCAUUCCGGCACCAGCACCUGAAAGCCUGCCUGAGGUCGAGCAGGCAUUCGCCGACCAGCCGGAGCUGAAGAAGCGUGUAUACAGUGCCAUCGGCGAAUCGCCCCAGCACCAACCGCUAUUCUCGUCCAUUUCGUCGUACAUCCUUCAGCUGCGCCAGAACCCCCCUCCGAGCACCUUGGCCACGAAUGGCGCGACGGCAAGCCGCACCGACGAGCCCGCCACGAAGAAGCGGAAGAUCGAAGGCGGCGCCGAGGCUGCAGCAGGUGCAGGAACAAUCGGGGCAUGGACGAACAGCGCGGCGGGUGCAGACUUCACGCUGCCGGACGUGAGCUUCUCGAUCCCGCAGCGUAAGAAGCUGCAUCUGCAGCUGGUGGCCGCGUCGGGAGCUGGGGACAGCUCCGGCGGCGGCCUGCGUGCCUGCUCGGGCGGUGGGGCGAACGUCGAGUUUGGUAUUGGCUUUAGGGAUGUUGAGCAAGUCUUCUGCCUCCCGAUUCCGGAGAAGGCCAAGCGCCAAUGGAACUUCAUCAUCAUACCAAAGGGCAAUGACGGCCUGAGCACUGCACCUGAGGGCACGACGCCACCGGAGCAAAUUGUCUGGACUUUCCAAGAGCCGACGAAAAAGGAGCUGGAAGGUGGCGCAGAGACGGGACCAGAGUUCAUGGCGGAGCGACUGAAUGGAUUUUUGACGCCGUUUGGAAAGAAGGUCGUAUUCCCGACCAAAGAGGAGUUCCAGAGCACCAUCCCUCAGAGCCACCUCAAAGGUGAGCCUGGAUUCCACGUCAAGGCGUUUAGAGGAAGCAAAGAGGGCUUCUUAUUCCUUACAAGCGUUGGUAUCGUUUUUGGCUUCAAGAAGCCGCUGGUCUACUUCUCCUUUGGUAGUGUCGAGUCCAUCUCGUACACGUCGGUGCUGCAACGCACCUUUAACCUUAAUAUCACUAUCAAUGCCAGCGGUCCUGAGCAGAAGAGCCAGGAGAUUGAAUUCUCAAUGCUCGACCAGGCCGACUACACGGGCAUUGACCAGUACAUCAAGCAUCACGGUCUGAACGAUGCCUCGAUGGCCGCACAGCGCAAAGCGCAGAUGUACAAUGUCAACGGCCCUGAGGAGGGCCAGAGCGAGGAUGUAGCCGCGGCUGGCGACGGUGAGACAGAGUUGGAGAAGGCGCAGAGGAUGUUGGAGGACGAGGAAGAUGAGGAUGAGGAAGACUACGACCCCGGCUCCGAAGGCGAGAGCGAGGGCUCAGGAACGAGUAGCGACGAAGACUCCGACGAAGACGAAGAGGAGGGAUACGAGGGAGAUGAGGGAGACGAGGGAAACCUUGUGCAGGACGAAUUGGGCAGUGAGGCGGAGGACGUUCAGCUCACAGACGAAGAAUAG